GUCGUCAUUCGCACAUUGCUUCUGCUUGUGAGCUCUAGCUAAACAAGAUUUUCAACUUGUACAGAAAUGCUAUCUGCUUUUGUAAUUUUUCCAUAUGUUGCCUGAGAAAAGCAGAAACGGAGAAAAUACUUGAUUUACUCUGAACUGUUUGCAUGUAUCACCAGUGUCAAACAUAUCUCUACGAAUAGAGAAAACUUUGUUUGCGAAUUGUAUAAAUGACAGAGGUUUCAUUGCAGUGAAGAAAUUUGUUUAUUAUUUAGUUGGAUGUAAUAUAUGUAUUGGAAAAAAGCUGAAAGUGUGAUUUUAUAAAUAAUUCUAGCUCUUACAAAAACCUGCAAAGCAACUAGUGAAUUGCGAUAGUGAGUUGGUGGUAAAAAUAAAUUUCUAUACCCUUAUCACUUGGUGUCUGUUCAUCGGUUUUCACUGAUAGUAUAGCUGUCGUUCAUAGUCGAUAAGAUUUGAAGGCGCCUAGUAUAACCAGGAAACCAAUCAUGCAUUCUAUGAUGAUAAAGGGUAAUAUUCUCACGGAACAAUUCCAAGAGGCGUCCAAAUCACCAGCCGAAAUGCGUGAUAUUGCAGCCAGAAUUUGUCGCGAUUAUCUGACUGGUGCGUGGAAGACCAUUCCAGCAGAGGAACUCCAAAUGAAGCGAAUCAGCGGAGGACUUUCGAAUUUUCUUUAUUACGUCAGCCUUCCGGAGCACUAUAAGAGUGACUCGCCGAGAACGUCGUUUUCCAGUAACAGUUCCAAGCGGCCACGAAAAGACAGCUACUCGACCAUGUUGGAACCGAAGGAGGUCCUCCUUCGUAUUUACGGACAAACUCAUGGCGAACACGCUCUAGAAACAAUGCUAACUGAAUCGGUUGUAUUCACGCUCCUAAGCGAGCGGAAGCUGGGACCAAAACUUCACGGUAUCUUCCCUGGGGGUAGAAUCGAACAGUAUAUUCCUGCGCGUGCUCUGACGACUGCAGAAUUAAGCGAUCCAAAGAUAUCGUUGAAAAUAGCAGAAAAAAUGGCUGCCGUUCACAGUUUGGAUAUUCCAGUAUCUAAGGAACCAGUUUGGUUGUGGAAUACGAUGCAUCGCUGGUUGAAGAGUGUUGAAGCGACGCAGAACGAUUUCAGAAAGGAUCAAGUCAACGGAAAUAAACACAUUGCGGGUGCCGACAUUAUAACUCAACUAGAUUUACGCGCGGAAGUUGAGUGGCUCAAAUCGCUAGUUGAUUCCGAGGAACAUCCAGUUGUUUUUUCUCACAAUGAUCUACAGGAAGGUAAUAUUCUACUGAGGGAAGAAUUCCCCCAAUCUCCUGUGAUGGGUAGUUUCUGCACGCUGGACCAAUUCGACGAAUCCGCGCAGUUAGACUCACACUUUAGCUCAAUUCUAAUUUCCAAUUCCACUAGCAGCAAAACUGGUUCGAAUAGUAAUAAGGUGAAUGGCGCUGCCUUGACUAGUGGUGACUUUGCGACUGGCGCCGCUGAUUGUGAUAUAAAUUCAAGGAAACGUUCAUUGGAUGAAAACUUUGAAAAUGAGCUUGACAACACGAGAGACUCGGUACUUAGCGGCACUUCACAAGCACUGUCGGAACAGCCAUGUGAUGGUGAGCCGCAAUUGAUGGUUAUUGACUUCGAAUAUUGUGCCUACAACUACCGGGGAUUUGAUUUGGCUAAUCAUUUUCUCGAGUGGACUUUCGACUACACUAACUCAGAAUCGCCUUACUUCUACCACAAACCGGAGCAGUAUCCAACUAAAGAGCAACAGGAUAAGUUUACAGCAGUAUAUUUAGAGCACCUCAUCGGCGAAGAACAUGUUUCAACUGAUGCGGAAAUAGCAAAGAUACGCCGUGAAGUACAGUGUUUCACCAUGGCUUCUCACCUGUUUUGGAGUCUCUGGUCAAUUGUAAAUGUGUAUCAGGAGAUUGAGUUCGGCUACUGGGAAUACGCUAUUUGUCGACUGAAUCAAUACGUUCGCCAUAAGAAACUGUACUCCGAGCUGAUCAGCAAUUCAGGAAAUUUGCCGGACAUGGACAAAUGAAACUCUAUGGAGCCUUAAUGAGAAGCUCAACCUACAUUUCUACACAUCUCCUUGCGUACUUAAUGGCCACCUGUUAAAUUUACUGCAAACGAAACGAAUAUUGGCGUGCGCGAAUAGAAAGGCUGGUCUGGUAGAAUGAAUGAUAAUAACCGUCUGCCGAUUAAUUCCAGUGUGGUAAAGAGAUGAGUCACAGUCACAACAACAGUGGAACCGAAUUGAAACUAGUUUUUUGUCACAUGGGUAACAGGGAAAAAUAAUAGUGAUGAUUGCCUCGUCUUGUCAUAGGUGGAAGGUAUUACUGCUAUAUUUUGCAAACACUGUGUUAAACGACCAAAGCAACGAGUCAUGACUAAGUGUACCAGUAUUAGUGACUAAUUAAUGAUCAUUGAAAGCUCUAAGAUAUCGUAUAACAAUGUAACUUUAUACCUGUGUCGAUGAUUUAAAUUUAAAAUAUUUCCAGUGUGAAGUGCUGUUUUGAAAAUUUCAUAUAGGUAUCAACUUUCCCAUAGCUACUUGAGUUAUUUCUCUCUCCUGCGGUAUGAUUUAUAUUAGCGAUUUCUAUUUAGUUUAUAUUGUGAUAAGAAUUUAGAUGUAAAUGAGUUUUUGUAAAACCAGAGACUUCUGAAAAUGGAAAUGAAAGUAUGACUGAUCGUAGUUAGGUUUAGAAUGAAUUUGAAUGUAGGCUUCGUAAAAGAGCCCGAACGACCCUUAGAGAUGGGCGACGUAUCCAUUAAAUGUUAUAGUACCUAUAAUUGAUUCAAUAAAUCUCGUUCUUAUAAAUUUUGUAGUGACUAUGAGACUAGACCCAAACAUAUCGGCCAUUCGACCUUAAAACUUAUUGUUAAUGUAAUGAAACAUUGUGAGAGAUUAUAGGAAAACGAUGUGAUGGAACAACAGUGAAAGCCAAAAGUGUAAUCAAAUUAAUAAAUCAAUACAUCAGAUUUAUAUUGGAAUGUACCAAAUGCCGAUUCGAUUUAUGAUAAUGGAUGUCAACAUAAUUCGCAGUUUGUUUUUAUUUUACCAACUUCAUAAAUAAAUACACUAUCGUAUUUCGGAAAGCAAAACUAUCUAUCAAAAUUAUUUUGUUUAACUAUUCGGAAGUUGCGCAGAACACUGAGUGUACAUCGUUAUGGAAAUCAGGCGAAGUCUUCUUAGAGCUUCAGGCGGUCGCCUAAAUAUAAAUAAUAACGCCCCUACCGGAAGUUAAUUUAGCUUUCAUUUGAUUCUUUAUUGUAAAACAAAUAUAUUUAAUUUUUUCCAACGAUAAUUCAUAUGGAUAUUAUUGAUUAACUUUCCAAAACCAUAUUUCAAUUACUAAGAUCGGGUUUGGAAACUUUUUGAUAACCCACCAAAAUCAGAUGAAACCAGUAUGUGAACGACGAAUUGAAGUUCAUUCCUUUAACAGAAACGUUUAUUUAUGUUGCGGAUCCUAAGAUUAUAUAUAGUUUUUUUGUAAAUCAUUUUAGCGGUUGAUGUGAAUAGGCAGAGAAAGUAAAUAAAAGUUUAUUUUAUGUGAAAUUUAUGUUUAUUUUUUAAAAUGUAAGUCUGUGAACUAGCUAUGCUUUUGAUUAUAUCAUAUCGAAAAGGCGGCCCAAUCAAAUCAUAAUCUGAUGAUAUUUCUAAUAUACUAAUAAAUUUAGUGCUCCAAUUAACAUAAAUUAUUAUAAGCGAUUUUAUAUAUUGCAAUUAUCUUAAUAAACGUGCAUCAGUAUAAUUCGGAAAAA